UCAUGCUUUUUAGAGUUUCAGGAAGAAUUGCAUCAAAGGUAUGAAUUUAUAUAAUUUGACUAGUCCCAAUUCAAAUUCUCAACUUUGAGAGCCUAAUUACAUGAUUUAAUUUACAGAGACGAUAAGUCUUCUGAUCUUUACAAACUUGGUGCAGCUUGUCCCAAAUCUGCAGUAGGACAACCAGGUAGUGAGAUUAGAGAAUAGGAAAGAAGAUAUGAGGUUACAAAACUUUCAAAUGGGAUCACUGUAUUGACAGAGAGUGCUUCAUCUCCUUCUAGAGUAGAUGUUGGAAUUCUUUUGGAUGUUGGAACAAGAGAUGAAACAAAUGAAACAUCAGGAUCCUUAUUGUCUAUCAAGAAUACUUAUUAUAAGACUGUUUUAAAUACAAAUGAGACAAUCAAUUAGUAAAUAAAAAUCUAAUAUUAUUUAGUGGUGUUAUUCAAUAAUCAGGAGGUGAAUUUGAAAUGGAUUAUGAUUAAGAAAGUGCAUACUUCAAAGCUCAUUGUUUGGCUCAUGAUGUAGUAGAUGUAUUCAAAGUCGUAUCUGAUUGUGCAUUAGAGCCAAGAUCAGUAGUAGCUGCAAAUUCUGCUGUUGAAAAAAAUUAUGGAACACAUAAUUUGGAAAAUAUCAUUAAAAGUAAUUUAAUUAAAGAUUUAAUUUAUAGGUGGAGAAGGAUUUAAUGAAACAAUAUUUAAGACUGCUUUUGGUUUGACUGGUUUGGGAAUGCCAUUAAGAGGAUUUAAAACUAAUAUUGGAAAUUUGAGUGCUUAUACAAUUUAGAAAUUUUAAUUGGAAAAUAUCAAUCCAUCUAAAAUUAUUGUUGCUGGUGCUGGAAUCUACAAUCAUACUGAAUUUGUUAGUUUGGUUUAAGAUUCUCUUGGAUUCAUCCCUGCUGGUUAAACUUCUAAAGUUAGAACAUAAACAUAAUAUGUUGGAGGUGAAGUUAGAAAUUUAACUGAUGAUAAUGAAAUUGCUAUUGCUUUAUUAUUCCCAUCAGCUAACUGGACCAAUUCAUAAGCUGCAGUAUUUUAAGUACUCAAUGCUCUUUUGGGAUUAUAAGGAAGUGCUUAAUCAAGAUUAUAAAGAAACAGUAUUUAUACUUUUAACUAUUAUAUAUAGUCUUAAACAAGAAUUCUUAUGCUGAUGUUGUUGAAAGUUUGAACUUCACUUUUUCUGAUGCUGGAUUAUUUGGAGUUAAAAUCAUUGGAUCAGCAGACAAAGGAUCUGAAUUACUUAGUAGUGUUGUAAAUGAAUUGAAAAAUCUUACAGGACCUAUUUCAAAUACUGAAUUAACAAGAGCUAAGAAUAUUUUAAAGACUUAAUUGUAUUUGGCACUUGAAAGAACAUCAGAUAGAUUAGAAGAAGCAGCUAAAAGCGUAUAAUUAAUAAAUAAUAUAUUAUAGUUGAAAGUAUUCAAUGCAAUUAAAAUAAAUGAUUAUGCCACUUAUAUUGACUCAGUUACAUCAGAUUAAAUUAAUAAAGCAGUUGCUGAUUUAUUGAAGAAUAGACCUACUUUAGUUGCUGAAGGAGGAUUAGCCAAUAGAUUACCUACAUUCGAUUAGGUGUUGAAUCAAUUAAAGUGAUU